AUGAAAGGUGUUAUACGAAUUAAGGAAAAAAGCAAAAAUGAAAAUACUGAUGAUAAAAGUGAAGACAAUGUUUGCAAAAGUAAGGACCGAGAAAAGAAUGAAAGGAUUGAAGGUAAUGUAAAUGUUUCAAAAAUAAAAAGUGAACGUGUUCAGAAAAUGAAGGAAAAAAAGGAAGCGAAAUCAGCUAUUCUUAACGUUGGACAAAAGGACGAAAAGGUGGUGCAUUCAAAAAAAAUUAAAAUAAAAACUGGAGAAACGGAUGAACAGAUAAGUAGUAUCCAUAUUAGUGAUGACAUAAAUGAGUAUAAAAAUGUUGAUUAUGCGAAUUUUAAAGGGAGUGCUAUUCUAGGGAAAAAUGUUAAAAAGCAAGAUAACCUUGGGGAAGGUUACCCCUUAGGCCACAUGUAUUCUCGUACAAGUGAAGGAAAAAAUAUACGUCAGUGUGAUCAAAGGGGUAAGAUUAAGGAACACUUGAACCAAUUCAAAGGAAACGAAAUGAAUAGAAAAACGAACGAGAGUGUAAAAGAGAAAGCAAUGUGUGAUCGAGAAACCAGUUAUAGUUCCUUGCAUAGACAGAACAAAGGGAAGGAGAAUGAAAAUAAUUUCAUCGGACUUGUUGUGAAAAAUAAGGAACAUAAUAAAAAAAUUUAUGAAGAAUCUAAGAGUAUAAAAAAUUUAACGGAAAAAUGGAAAUUACUACCUGCAUAUUUAAAAGUUAAAGGAUUAGUAAAACAACACAUCGAAUCGUAUAACUAUUUUAUUAAACGAGAAAUAAAAACAAUAAUGAAUGCAACAACAAAUAAAAUUUUAAAAUCAGAUAUAGAUGAACAUUUUUAUAUAGAAUUUUUAGAUAUUUUUGUUGGAAAACCAUCGAUUGAUGAAAAUAUGAUCGAAACAAACUUGACUCCGCAAAUGUGUAGGCAAAGAGAUUUAACAUAUUCUGCUCCUAUAUAUGUAGAUGUAGAAUAUAUAAAAGGAAACAACAUAAUUAGAAAAAAUAAUGUCGAAAUUGGAAGAUUACCCGUCAUGUUGAGAAGUGAUAUAUGUAUUUUAAAUAACAAAAAUGAAGAAGAACUGAUGGAAUUGGGUGAAUGCCCUUACGAUCCUGGAGGAUAUUUCAUUGUAAAAGGAACUGAGAGAGUUUUACUAAUGCAAGAACAGUUGUCAAAAAAUCGGAUUAUUGUUGAAAUGGAUGUAAAACAUAAUAUUUGUGCAACUAUUACAUCUACCACAGCAGAGUCUAAAAGUAGAUGUGCUAUAGUUUAUAAGAAUAAUAAAUUAUAUCUAAAACAUAAUUCAUUUAUUGAAGAUAUAGGUGUCUGUAUUAUUUUGAGAGCUAUGGGUUAUGAGACUGACCAAGAAAUAUUUCAAAUGAUAGGAUCCCAUAAAAAUUAUUUAAAUGGUAUUUUACUUUCCCUAUAUGACCUGUAUAGCGAAAAUAUUAGAACUAACCUAGAUGCAUUAUUAUAUAUAGGGAAGAAAAUUAGACCAAGAUUAUUAGCGAAAGGAUUUUUUAGCUCCAUGAAAGAAAAGCAAGUAAAGAAUGAGAGGGAUAUCAUUGAAGAAGGGUUGGAUUUCUUAAGUAGAGUCCUUCUGUCACAUAUUCAACAGAAGAACAAAUAUGAUUUUCGAAACAAAGCUAGAUGCAUUUGUCUCAUGAUUAGACGUGUUUUAGAUAGUGCAAAUAAUAAAAGCGAAUUAGAUGAUAAAGACUAUUAUGGAAAUAAAAGGUUAGAAUUAGCUGGGCAGUUAAUUUCUCUCCUAUUUGAGGAUUUAUAUAAACGAUUUUAUUUUACAUUAAAAAAACAAAUAGAUCAAACAUUGAGUAAAUAUAUGCAAAGUAAUUAUGCUUCAAAAUUGAAGCAUAGUGGUAUCAUAGAUGAUAAUUAUCCAGAUGUUUUUCGAAGUUUGCCAAAAGAUAUAAUAACAAGAGGAAUGCAAGCAGCAAUAUCUACAGGUAAUUGGAAUAUUAAACGGUUCAAAAUGGAAAAAAGUGGAGUGUCACAGGUAUUGUCUCGUUUAUCAUUUAUUGCAUGUAUCGGAAUGAUGACAAGAUUGAAUUCUCAAUUUGAAAAAGGUAGAAAGGUGAGUGGACCCAGAGCAUUACAACCUUCCCAAUGGGGUGUUUUAUGCCCAUGUGAUACCCCAGAAGGAGAAUCUUGCGGGUUAGUUAAAAAUUUAGCACUCAUGACUCAUGUUACUAAUGAUAAUGAAAAUAAUGAACACUUAGUUGAAGUUUUGUAUACGUUAGGUGUAGAAGAUAGUGAUAGUUUAACAGGAGAAGAAAUGUACAAAGAAGGAGUUUUUUUUGUUGUUUUUAAUGGGAUAUUAUUAGGUGUUCAUAAAAAACCACGUGUAUUUAUGAAAAGAAUUAGAUGCUUAAGGAGAUAUGGAAAAAUUGGACAAUUUGUUUCUAUAUAUGACAACUUUUUACAUAAUGCUAUUUAUAUUUCAACAGAUGGUGGAAGAUUAUGUAGGCCAUUGAUAAUUGUCGAAAAUGGAAAAUCUAAAUUGUUACCUGAUCAUAUUGCAUCUUUAGAAAAUGGAAGUGUCAACUUUUUUGAUUUACUUACAAGUUCAGUUAUUGAAUGGAUAGAUGUUAAUGAACAAAAUAAUUUACUAAUUGCUUUAAACGAAUCUGAUAUAUCUGUCAAUACGACUCAUUUAGAAAUAGAUCCAUUAACAAUUUUAGGAGUUGUAGCUGGACUCAUUCCUUAUCCAAAUCAUAAUCAAAGCCCAAGAAAUACAUAUCAAUGUGCAAUGGGAAAACAGGCCAUUGGUGCAAUUGGAUAUAAUCAGUUCGUUCGAUGUGAUACAUUGCUAUACUUACUAGUGUAUCCACAAAAACCGUUAGUUAAAUCUAAAACUAUUGAAUUUAUUAACUUUGAGAAAUUACCAGCAGGACAAAAUGCCAUUGUAGCUGUUAUGAGUUUUUGUGGGUAUGAUAUUGAAGAUGCAAUCGUCAUGAACAAGUCUUCUAUUGAUAGGGGCUUUGGGAGAUGCAUGUCCCUGAGGAAGCACGCCUUAGAAUUAAAGAAGUAUUUCAAUGGAUCCACUGACAUGGUUUUGCCAUCACCACUGGUUAUUAACAAACUGCAGCGUCGUGAGGAGAAGAAACGGCAAGAAAAGAAACGGUAUGAGCAGUAUCGACAGGAGCAGAAUCGUCAGAAGCAGUAUCGGCCGGAACAGAAUCAACAGAAGGAGAACCUACAAGAAGUGCAGGAAAGGUCUAGCCAUGGUCAGAACAAUCAAAAGGAAAAUGCGCAAGAGGAUGAAAUGCCUGAACAAGGACAGAACAUAAAAGAAGAAAAAAACUAUUUAGAAAAUGGAGUAAGAAAAUACAGAGAUGAAUCAAAAGGGUUUCAACAUAAGGAAAUAAAAAAAUACCAUGCCUUAGAUGGGGAUGGAGUUGUUUCGAUUGGCUAUUUACUGAAAGAAGGACAAGUGUAUAUAAAUAAAUAUUCUCCAAAAAAUAUAAAAGAUCAUGUUAAGGAUAUGAAUAAAAUAGAUCUAAAUGAUUUUAAAUCAAGUGAAGUAAAAUAUAAAAGUGUUUAUCCAUCCUAUAUUGAUAAAAUUAUAUUUACCGAAAAUUCAGAAGGAUUAAAAAUAUAUAAAAUUAUUAUGCGCCAAACAAGACUGCCAGAGCUAGGCGAUAAAUUUAGUUCAAGGCAUGGUCAAAAAGGAGUGGUUGGUUUGUUAGUAAAUCAAGAAGAUAUGCCAUUUACAGAAUCAGGCAUAUGUCCAGAUUUAAUUAUGAACCCACAUGGAUUCCCAUCUCGAAUGACAGUAGGAAAACUUUUAGAACUGGUUGCAUCAAAAUCAGCAGUUUUAGAUGGUGAAUUUAAAUAUGGUUCUAUUUUUAGUGGUACCCCAUUUGAUGAAAUGGCAUCAAUUUUAUUUAAAUAUGGAUUCAAUUGUUCAAGUAAGGAAUUAUUAUAUUCAGGUUUGACAGGGGAACCAUUAGAAACUUACAUUUUUAUGGGACCCAUUUAUUAUCAAAAGUUAAAACAUAUGGUACAAGAUAAAAUUCAUGCUAGGGCAAGGGGACCAAGACAAUUAUUAACAAGACAACCAACAGAAGGUAGAUCAAAAGAAGGUGGAUUAAGAUUAGGUGAAAUGGAAAGAGAUUGCUUAAUAGCAUAUGGUGUUAGUAAUUUGUUACUUGAACGAUUAAUGCUAAGUAGUGAUGUCUGUGAUGUUUAUAUUUGUGAGGAUUGUGGACUCAUAGGAUAUGAUACCUACUGUAAUUUCUGUCAAAAAUGUGACAAAAAUGCUCUUGUCAAAAUGCCGUAUGCGUGCAAAUUACUCUUUCAGGAGUUACAGACAAUGAAUGUCUGCCCUAAAAUUGUGGUGAGAGAGGCGUAG